UUAUAUAAUAAGUUGUGUUUUGAGUUUGAUGUAAAAAAAAAUGCACAGUUUUGUUGCCAAAUAAGCAUAAUAAGACUAGAAUGCUUAAGAGUUCAAAUCAGCUGUUAAGAUGGACGACACUGUAUCAUAAUAUCCACCAAAGGUCGUACUAUGUGUGGUUGAACUUUGUAUUCAACAGAGUUGACACGAGUCGCCUUGAAGAAUUUGGCCCAGACAGGGUUGCGGCAGAAUGGGUCCUGAGGAAUGGUGGAGGAGUGAAGUUUCUGCACCAUAACGGCUGGGUAUGGAACUAUAAUGCUCUGGUGGCAGGUCCAAGAGAGAAGUACAAACUACAGAAGAUCAAUGGCAAGAAUACAUGCAUCACAACUGGAGGUCUUCUACACCUAGAGGGUUUAAAGUAUCUGGAUUAUUUGAACUUACAUGGCUGUAAGUAUGUGGGUGAUGUCAACAAACUAUUACCAGUGAAAGAAACACUUGAAGAGUUGGAUAUUAGUCUCUGUACAGCAAUCACUGACAUCUCGCCACUCAGCCAACUAAAGAAGCUCAAAAAGCUCAACCUAACUGGACUGCAAAGAAUUAAGAACAGAGAAAAAGCUGUAGAAGAUCUUCAGAAGACUUUACCAGACUGUGAGAUAACAGAUGAUUAAAUGGGUAAAUAAGGUAUGCUUUAAAGAACUUAGGAUUUGUUACCGAGCAGGGGAAAUAUGGCUGCACCAUAGUGCUACUGCAUCGGCAAAAAGUGUACUAUUCUCUUUCUGGGAGAUCAGCUAAUUUGUAGCCAAGAAAGUAGAGUUUUUUAUUAUGUUAUUCAUGUGAAAAAUGUUGGCAAGUAAUUGGUUGAAAACAUAAAAAUAGGGUAAAAUGUCAGUAACUGGUUUCCCGACCACUCAUUGGCACCUUACUGUAUGGUGUGGGUUGAUUACAAUAGCUAUGAAAAACUACUUCCAGGUUCGAAAUGGAAACCAGUUCUGUAAGGAUUUUCGUUUGAAUUUUACAUAGUUAUUGUUGAAAGUUUAUGGCAGAUGCAGGACAAGUUUGAAUUUAUUUUGRUAAUAAUUUUAAGGGUCUUUCUAAAUAUACACCACAACAAACCUAUCGUAUUCUUUGCUAGCUCCAUUCUAUCGUAUAACUUGGGGUCUUAUGUUGUUUCUAUUAUUUUAAACUGUGUUCGGUACCCGAAGAAGGAGCUGGUAUUAAUGAGCAACAGGACUUUAACUUUUAAAAACAUUACCCUAAAAAAUAGGAAGGCAUUAUUUUAAUUGCAUAAUCAAUGAUAUGAAGUUUCCUAUGAAAGCUGUUCCAAGAUAUAAAACAGCUAUGCAUUUCAUGUAACAAAGAAUAUAUAUUUCGUAGCGAAUAGUAAACCUUUUAAGAUUGUCAAAACAAUCUAUUGACUAUUAUCAAUUUAUUAAUUAUUUUAGAUGGUUAAAACAAAAAAUGUAUUGAAAUAAAUACGUUAAAGCAAAUAUUUAUUAUUUGCAUUCAUAUUUCCUUCUAAUUUGUCUUUUUAUUUGUCUUACAAAUGUGAUUUUGUAGGAUGUUAUCUUUAAUAUUUUUCAUGAGGAAAUAUUUUCUAAUUUUUUUUCCAACAUUUUCCUGAGAUUUCUACACAAAGUUGUUUUCAAUUAUUUUCCUUUAGUUAAGUUUCUUUUUUAUGCAUUUUUGGUUUUACAAAAAAAGUUCCACUCAAUAGAGCUGGAUAACAGUUGCUCAGCUGCCAGUCAUAGUGACCAGUAUUAUUGGUUUUAGCUCAGGGCUUGAAAUAACGGCCUGUAUGUCACAGGUCAUGAUGGCCAGCCAAACUAGUUUUAGCUGCGUCAUACCUCGUUUCUGGCCCGGGGGGGUACUCUUGCCGGUUUCUGGUAUGGAUGUGCCGCUGAGCCCUCUGAACCCUGACCCUGUUCAAGAGCAAAAUCGCUGAAAUUCAUACCCUUUUCCAGAGCAAGAUCGCUGAAAAACAUACCCUGUUCUGGUAUUGGGAAAAUAGAUACCUUGUUCCAGAGAGGA